AUGGCCCACCUUUCGUUUGCCUGUAUUCCUCUCUUCCUUCUUGCUGCCUUCGUCGCUUCCCCCUUUGUAUUUUGCUCUCACCAAGGGUCCGUCGACGCAGCAGAGGCGUCCAAUGGACAACGCGCCGCUGAUAAGCAAAGAGCAACUGAACUAUUGAAUGAGUUCGCAGGCGAAAACGACGUUGCCGGGCUCAUGGCAGAGUACACAAACACACCAGCUCCCUAUGUGCUCGUGGGAGAAGAUCGCGAUGACUGCCCCCUAGUAGAAGGUGCACAGGCUGCACCGGUUGCUGUUUUCUUGCGUCAUUCCCAGGGGGUCAGCACAGCCCCCACGCUUACCAUAGACUCAACUGGGCGCUCAUCAGGCCCCUGCCCUAAAGUCUUUCUUCAAGAAAUACCGUAUUACGGGAGGAAGGCAGCCGCUACCUCCAUGGGAACGGGGCUGCCAACCACGCUAGGAGAUUUGAAGAGAACAGUGGAUUUGACGCGACUGGGUCUCGACCGCGAGUUCAACGAAAAGGCAUAUCAGUCUUUGCGCGUGUGCAAUGAUUUUUUUUUUUCUGGAAGUGGAAACACACGAAGUUCCUCAGAUCCUGCGUGCGUUGUUGCCCAACUGGACGAGGCAGCUGUAAACAUCAGGGCGUUAGAUACUGAAAGGCUCAGUGUGCUCCACCCGAGGCUAAAAGCAGCCCUUGUAUUUGCUUCUACUCUUGCUUUCACGAGAGACAAAAAAGAGUGGAUCCGAAAACUCAUCACCUCCAGCAGCCUGCGUCUCGCUUGGCACGUUGUUGAUGCCUUCGCCGGUAUGAAUGUCAACAUGUUGGAAGCCAAUGUUGGAGAAGCGUUGAACAGUAUCGUCCUCAAAGACCUGAAACUACUGCUCCCGCUCACUGAUCUCAUUCAAUUUGCUACCACGUGCACCACAUAUGAAGAAUACCCUGAGAAGUCCUGGCAAGACGCAGUGCGCAACCCGAGUCCUGACAGCCCGGACUACAGAGACUACCCUAUAUACGAUUACUUGCGCAAGGUUGGGGCUGAAGUUGCAUUUCCCAAGAACAUCCCUUCAGAUUGGCAGCCCCGCGUGUACGACGGAAAUCGAAUGACACAUCGCACUGUUGGGGAACGCGAGAGCUUCAGCUCUCCACGAGACUGGAAAAAACAAGUCUACGACUCGUGGCACAAUCUGUGGGUUCUGCAUCUGAUUGCGCUUGAUGUGGGAUCCAUGUGGCAGUGGAGUCACCGCCUGAACGCAAGCACUUUUUUCUUCAAGCCCUGGAAGGUCACACGCGUGGGAACCGUGCGAGCAGCUGAAGCAGGGCCUCUACGGCACGAUGAUCUCUCACCUCGGUUUCGAGUGGACCCGGGAAGGCCUCCAGACACCCACAAGUUAGAGUCGUGUCCUCGACACCUCACCGACCUUGAGUUCUUCGACAAGCUGAAAGCUCCCGAAGGACAGCUGACGGCCCAGUGGGGCCGCGCGGACUUCUGGAGAUCUCUUGGUGUUCUAGGCUGGAAUUGCCCAAUGAGCGAAGCGCCUGUUUCCUGCCCUCCAAAGGUGCAUCGAGACAAGUGCGGCGUUGAUGCUACGUAUGUCCGGCCAGUAGAGGCACCUUGGCUCUUUCGGCUUGAAAGAGAACCCGAAUGGGUGACGUGGGAAAUCGAUGAGAAAAACAACGACUAUGUCGACAGAAUAUGGGCGGUCCGAGGCACAGCGUUUCCCAAAAUGUGGCUCCUGAACACCAUGUGGGAAACAACUGGUGACCUAGAGCUGUCGCCUUCUGGAGAGGUUAAACUUCACUCCGGGUUUUUGUUUGCAUUUGAAAGCAUCUUCAAGGACAUGCUAAAGGAUGACCUGCAGGAAGUGGCGAGGAAAGCGGAAGCCACACGGAAGCGGCAGGUGGUGCUGUUCACCGGGCAUUCUCUAGGGGGAGCGGUAGCACAAAUAGCAGCCUGGUACUACGCUAACCAGACUCGCUCCCUGCUGGAUGCAGGGCUUCUCCAGAUUCGUUGUGUGACUUUUGGUGCCCCCGCGUGGGGCAACGAGGCCGCGUACAAAGAAUUCACGAGUACAGGCGUCCUUGUACACGAUAUUGCGACCAGUAUGGACCCUGUUACCACACUUAACGGCGAGCCAGCGCUCGGCCAUGGGUUGCAAUGGAGGAAACCGUUCCAUUACAGGAUUAUGCUAGACGACCUUGAGCGUGUUGUUGUUGCCUCUACUAAUCCAAGGGAACCGAACUUCUUUGGCCGGCUCUGGACACGCACCGAUUUGCAUGCGGGGAACUUUUUGAAGCGCACAUUCGGGGCCCUGGCCAGCAUGAGCCACGUGGACUCGGUGUUCUUGAACCCAGUGUUGACGCAUUUCCUCUCGUACACCGCUGUGUUGACCAUCAUGGCUGACUUGGUGCCCGAAGCAGAUUUCGGCUCAGCCCUUGCAGCUCCACUCCUUACCGACCCGCCCAGCAGCUACGGGGCCCACAACUUGUGCACUGCACUCAUAGCCACGCAAGGAAGGAUGAAGUGGGUGAUGAGCCAAUUGGCGCAUGAGGCCGACAGAGAUCCGAAGCCACUCAGGCACUCUCAAUGA